AUGGCGACGAUCUUGGAGGGUUGCCCCAGUGAAGUCAAGGGUCAAUUGCCGAUGGAGAUGGGAUAUGUUGACUAUGACAUCAAGAAGCAGAUGAAAGCUGCUCUACCAAUUCCCCGGCGAGUUCGGAAACGGUUGCUGGCUUCAAGAAGAUGGAUCGUCUCGUUCGUGGAGGAUAAGGACCUCAAGGACCCUUUGAUUCAGGCGAAUUUGGGCGAAGCGGUGGUUCUCAGAGUGGACCCUCAUAUGGAAAUGGAUCCCAAUGUGAUGAAAGUCUUGACCUGGGCGGCCUCGCAAGGAAGAAUCAGUGGGGUGUUGGGUCAUCUUGAUCACCGGAAUCCUCUGAGUGUAGCGAAACAGGUGUGGGUAUAUGCUCUCGCUGAAGCUGGAGGUGGAGGCAUGAUGCCCUGGGCAUUCUUUCCCAAGAGCCAAGAAGAAGAAGAUUGGAGCCAAAUGCCAGUUGGUGGAGAAGAAUAUCCCUGGUUUGAGGACGUGUCGGAGUACUAUGGAUGGGAAAGGGUGUCCUUCGAUGCGGCAAUGUUUGGCUACCAUCGUCCGUGGAAGAUUUCUACGGCAACCAACAUCGAGUCCUUCUACUGGAUGGAUGGCAGGACUGCACCGGCUACACCCUCCCCUAUCCACAGGUGGGGUUCACCCCUUCAGUUGUCCCGAUUGCGAACGGCAAUGGCUGGGGGAAGAUCCAUCUUGAAGCUGAGCGCGGCAGACCGGGCCAUCUGGGCUCAUCACCUUGCCUGCGACCACAUGCCGUAUCGUCGGGACUGUGCUACCUGUUUGAUGGCGGCUGGCGUUGGAAGAGCUCACAAGCGUUGCCACCAACCGGCACCAUUCUCCUUGGCGAUUGAUAUCGCUGGCCCUUUCCGGACUUAUGGUAGAUCCAUGAGUCAAGUGGACGAAUCCCAACUUCGCUACCUAUUGGUGGGAGCCUACAGGAUUCCGAGGAACCUCCUCAACCCAAAGGGGCCAAUCAAGGAAGAACUUCAAGGCAUGGACCCGCCCGAUGAUGGAGAUGAUCCUCUGGCCGAGAUUGAAGAAGGAGGAGGUUUACUCUCGGAACCGGGCGAAUCGGCUUUGGAGCAAGAGGAUGGGACUGAGGAGGAGGCAUGGGCGGAACCAGCUCCCGUCAAAGAUCCCGACCUUCAAGAACAUGGUGGUGGACCUCGUGAUGAACUGGAGGAGGAACUCGAGAGGUUGUACGAUGAGCAGCUCAGUCCUGAGGCAAUGAAGGAGAUGAGGAACCAACUCCGGAGGGCGAAUCUUCCCUUGCUCCAGCUGAAGCUCGGGACUGGCCGAUGGCGGCACGACACGCGGCAGAUGUUCAUUGGCAUCGACAUGUGGUGGAUGCUCCUCUACCUGAUUUACCCCCUCGGUGGAAGAAAGGAUUCUAUCGAGGACGAGCCCCGGACGUAUCUGGAGGACAUGUACUGGUCCGAGAAGAUGGACUACGACAUCCGCCUGGAGGCUCUGAAGACAAAGAUCCAAAGAAAGGUGUACCAGACUACGGGGGCAUUCCAACAUGGUGGUGUCGUCGGCCUCACCGUGAACUGCAAGGGGGCAAUGGAGGCAACGAAGAACCUGGUUGCCCUCCUCAAACAUGAUCAUCCGGGAAAAACCUUUACCAGUGUGCUGUUCUCCAAGAACAUCGCCGCUCCUCUACACCGAGAUUCGUACAACGAUGCUGGUGCUGAAAAUCUGGUUUCUCCGCUGAAGCUACCUCGAUCUGGAGGGAGAUUGUGGAUUGAAGGCGAAGCGCCAAACGAGAACUUCGUGGAAGAGAAGAAAGUGGUGAAUGGCAAGGAGAUUAAGAGCUACUACGCACCAACGGGGCCUUGGAGUUUUCCACCGAGGCAAUGGCACACUGUUGAGGCUUGGGAUCCUGAGGAUGGGGAGCGAAUCACAGUUGUCGGCUACACCGUCACAUCCUGGAGGAAGCUUGGAACGGAGGCGAGGCAGCAGCUUGAGCAACUUGGAUUCCCCUUGCCAAAAGAGGAGGAGAAGGAGGUUCCGAAGAUUCGAAUGGUAAGAAAUUCUGGGGAGCAAGAUCACUUUCUCUUCGAGGAGUUCACCGAGCAGGAGAUCGAAAGGGAGAUUGCACGGGAAUUGGCCCGAGACCUGGGACAGAAUGUCGAUCACUCCCUCGUUGGUGUGCAGCUGCGAAAGGCUGAAGUGGUGUACACCAAGAACAUCGAGGAGAUCCUGGACCAAUUGGACCAAGAAGGUAAGGAUCUGGAGGUAACCCACAACGUUGACUUGUCGGAGAUCCGGAAGAAUCCAGGGAGAUGGUUAGCGCCGGCGAAGAGCAAAGCAGUGGGGACGGUGAAGCCACCUGGUCAGGAAGAUCCACAAUCUGAGCUCUACGCGGCCGGUGCAGAUGCGGCUACUCUUCGUCUUCUGAUUGCUCACACAGCCAAGAAGAGAUGGACAUUGGGAAAUACCGAUGUACGCCAGGCUUUCGUCUUGGCACCAUGGAAAGGACCGCCAGUGGCGGUACAACCUCCUUGCUUGGCUGUGGCUUUGGGACUGGCCGAACCUGAUGAACUAUGGCUGAUAUCCCAGGCAUUGUAUGGACUCCGGGAGAGCCCAGCAAUCUGGGCGAACUUCCGCGAUGAGCAGCUGAAGAAGGCGAUCUGGGAGGUCAAGGGCAAGAAAUAUGGACUGGUGCAAACCACUGCUGAUUCGCAACUCUGGGCUGUAAAGGAGAUCCUUGGCAAGUCAGAUGAUGGGACUUAG